AUGGGGAGCAGCCGGCUGGCUCCGAUUGUCAGAGACUACUACAACGGAGCAGCUAUGAAUCUGAUCACACUUGGCGAGGACAAAACAGCUUUCGACCGCUACAAAAUCCGUCCCCGGAUCUUAAUCAACGUCGACAAAUUCGACACAAGCACCAAGUUCCUCAGUAAUCUCGCUCCCAUUCGGCUUCGGCCCUGCCGCAUCGAUGAAACUCGCCCACCCAGACGGCGAGCUCGCGACCUCGGGCGCAGCCGCAAAAUACAGCCUCUGCAUGGGCCUAUCCUCGUACUCAAAGCAUCCCCUCUAGAACGUUACCGCACAGGGCACCGGCAAUCCGUACGUGAUGCAGAUGUGUGUACUGCGGGAUCGGGCGAUUACGCUUCGGUUGUUAGAGCGGGCGGAGAAGGCGGGUACAAGGCGCUGUUCCUAUCUGUUAAUGUACCCGUGUUAGGCAAACGGAUCAACGAAUACCGGAAUGAGUAUGCCAUCCCGGAUGAUAUGUCGUGGCCGAAUAUCCUUAGCCACGGAGGGGAUCACUCGGACCACACUGAGUGCGACCCCAAUUUGGAUUGGGAGAACACGAUUCCGUGGUUGAGACAGCAUACAUCUCUGAAGAUCGGGCUUAAGGGUGAGUUGGCCAUCAGAUAUGGCACACACGACGUCGUUAUCUCGAACCACGGUGGGCGGCAACUAGACGGUAUGCCGUCCACAGUGGAUGCGCUGCGGGUCUGUGCCCCCGUAGCCAAGGAUCGAAUUCCGGUUGUGGCGGAGGUAUUCGACGAGGCUCUGAUAUCUUCAAGGCUUUGGCGUUGGGAGCUAGCUUCUGUUUUGUGGGGAGGAUCCCAUUCUGGGGAUUGGCUGUGUCGAAUUGGCGAUUCGGAUCCUCCGCCAAGAGCUGCGGAUCACCCUGGUAUUGGCCGGGUAGGUGAUGGCACUCUUCUGGAAUGCAUAAAAAGAACAAAAGUUCUAAUCGGAAGCAGGUGCCGAACGAUCAGCGAAAUUCAAAAAUGUUAUCUUUCUGUUUUGCAACCGGAUGGGAUCAUCUCGAAGCUGUGA